AUGCCCGUGAUCGCACCGCCAGCGUCACCGCAUACAGACCUCACGCAUCGACAAACCACAGGCGGACGCUCGGCAUCGAUCAUUUCGAACAAUAACAAUGACAUGGUCGAGGUGAGGAGCCCUUCGCCUGAGCCGUCAGCCUCGGGCUCACAGCUGCUGCGAACGUCAAGGCCGCCUGCUUCCACUGGCAGCAGCUCGCACAAUGGCUCCAGCUCAGCCCGAGUGCCCUCGCCGACUCGCCCGGCGCUACCCAGCUUAGCGAGCUCGACGCCCGCGGCUGACUUCUUACGCGCCCUUGGGGCAGGGCAACGGCCAUCAUCGCAGUCAAGCCUGCGUAGUCCAUCGGCAAAGGGAUCGCGCUCGCCUACGAAGGUAGCGCCCGCAUCACCUUCACAGGCGAGUUCGUCGCGAUCACAAGCUACACAACGCACACUGUCACCGGCGAAGUCGCCUGUCCGGAGCGAAGCACAGCUCAUUCCGCUCAGCGAAGCGUCGCCCAGAUCCCCACGGCAGCGUAUCUCGCUUUCAUCUGGCCCGUCGAGCGUGGGGCACAUGCGCAAGGUCGACGGCGCCGGCACGUCACCGGACACAAAGGGCAAAGGUAGACAGCUCACCCUCGCCAACUGGUUAGAACCCAUCAGCGAAGAUGGAGGAGUUUGGCGAACGCCUGUCCGCGCAGCAAACAGGGCGGUCGUCGAGCUGCCGUCUCCAACGCCGCGGAGGAGGGUGGAGCCGCCUGCACCAUUAAAGAUCGGGCCUGUCAAUCGCGCCUUUGUCGUCCUGAAGAUCAAAGCAUCACGGAGAGACGAGCUCAUCGCCAAGGGGUGGUAUGACCGCUUUAGGGACGACGACGACACGCCGAACCAGUACCACCAGAAGCGUGGGCUGCGAGCCGCUGCCGCCUUUGGCAGCUCAGUGAUGUUGAGACCCGCCAAAGGGAGAUUACACGGCGAGAUCCCAAGACAAGCGCGCGUUCGCGAGCCCGAAGCUCUGCCAGAGCGGUUCGUCCAUCGCCCCGGGCCUGGUCUCCUCGAGCCGUGGGCGAGCGUCGUGAACGAGGAGAGCCUCCUCAACCGUGUCAACGAGUAUCCCUGUGGCUGGAAAGGAUGCGACGCGCUGCUCGCCUCUGAGGCGCUGCUGAAAAAGCACGUCGCGUUCCGAGCGCAUGCGGCGCAGGGCGCGUUCGUCGCAGGGCUCUACGGCGAACACACUGUCUACCGGUGCCACUGGCGGGGCUGCACCGGGCCGUGCUUUGACGAGAUCUGGAAGCUAGUGCAGCACAUGGACGCGGUGCAUAUCGGGCCCAAGCUGCUGUGCCCGUACGAGGGGUGUGAUCUGCGCUCGCCGUCGCUGCACCACCUGCAGCGGCACGUGCUGAAGCAGCACGACCUGCCAGACGACUAUGCGCACCCGCUGGCGAACCGGCCCUUCCGGGAGGACUUUGACGACGACGAGCUCGCCCAGCUCCCGGACACGGCGUACACCCACGAGCUUACGACGCAGCCCAUCAGCGGGUCGUGGUUCAAGGAGCCCAAGCAGGAGCUCCUGCGCAAAAAGGUGCACGCAAAGUGCUAUGCGCCGGAGGACCCCGAUAUCUUCCACAACCACCCGCCACUCAUGCUCGACGGCGAGCUCGAGAGCGACAGUGCGAUACCUACCGCCGAGGGCACGGAAGUCGCGAGCGAGUUCAGCGUCGAUGUCGACGCUGCCAGGCCCGCGAAGCGACGACGACUCGUGCCCGUCGUCGAGAUUGUCCGUAUGAGCCCCAGCGCGCUGCGCAAGUAUGUGCCCAUGCCCGAGCCAACGUCGCCAUCGCCCAAGCCCGAGCCAGCCGAGCUCGUCCCACCACCAGCCGCGACGGACGGCAAUACGUCCGUGAUUAGCGCCGCCGAGUCCGACGUGGAGAGUGAACUCUUCGCCGACGAACUCUUAGACUCUUCAACGUUCGAGUAA